AUUUCAGUCGAAGUUUAACCAGCAAGGUGCUAGUAAAGCAGCUAGAGAGGGACUCUCCUCUUUCGUCCCUCGUUUUCAGUCCUCCCCUCUCCUUGGAUACCGAUCAGCAGGCAACCACCACCACCGCCGCGGACAUAUUCGAAAAAAUUUUCACAAUCGCCAACGUUGAAACGAGCAAUGGCCUCGUCGUCUCAGACACAGCUGGACAAAACAGCUGUGGAGAAUUUUCGCGAGUACCUGCGAAUUCCCUCGGUCCAGCCAAACAUCAAUUACGAUGAUUGCGUCGCGUUUCUCAAAAAACAGGCAAAGUCCCUGGAUUUGCCUGUCAAAGUGUACGAGCAUUACAAAGGCAAGCCCAUCGUCAUUCUCACCUGGGUAGGAACCGAUCCUGCUGCAAAAUCAAUCAUGCUCAACAGUCAUAUGGACGUGGUACCGGUCUUCGCAGAUCAAUGGACAUAUCCACCAUUCGAUGCGCACAUGGAUGAGGCGGGUAACAUUUAUGCACGUGGUAGCCAAGACAUGAAAUGCGUUGGUAUCCAGUAUCUCGAAGCGAUACGUCGCAUGAAAUUGCAAAAGGAGCGAGUCAAAAGAACGAUACACGUAUCGUUCGUGCCCGACGAGGAGAUUGGAGGCGUUUUGGGAAUGCGAGAAUUCGUUCACACGGAAGAUUUCAAGAGUCUGAACGUUGGAUUCGCAUUGGAUGAGGGUGUCGCGUGUCCUACGAACGAUUUUUAUUUGUUCAACGGUGAAAGAUCGAUCUGGCAUCCGUGGGUGCACUGUCCGGGGGAUCCUGGUCACGGGUCUCUCAUGCUGGGCAAUAACGCAGGCGAAAAAAUUCGCGUUAUAAUCGAUCGUUUCAUGGAUUUGAGAGCAAAGGAGAGCGCCAAAUUACGUACCGGUCAGCUCAAAAUCGGAGAUGUUAUUUCGGUUAAUCUGACCCAAUUGCAGGGUGGAAUCCAAACGAACGUAAUACCCGAGAAAUUGGUGGCUGUUUUCGAUAUGAGAUUACCGCCCACGGUGGAUCACGAUGAAAUUGAAAAAAUGAUCAACGGAUGGUGCAAGGAAGCUGGCGAGGGAGUUUACGUUGAGUACGAACAGAAAAAUCCGAAAAUCGAAUCCACCAAACUCGAUGGGACGAACCCAUUUUGGAUUGCGUUUAAAGCAACUUGCGAUAAAAUCGGUGUCAAUCUCGAGACCGGCGUAUUUCCUGGAGGAACUGACAGCCGAUACGUGCGAUCCGUUGGCAUUCCUGCGAUUUGUUUCUCGCCGAUGAACAACACAAAAAUACUGCUCCACGACCACGAUGAGUAUCUCAACAAGGACGUGUUCCUCCGGGGUAUUGAAAUUUACAUGAAGCUCAUUCCAGCGGUGUCGAACGUGUAGAAAAAAGCAAAAAAGGCAAGAACACCAGGACGAAAACAAUCGCCAAGUUUCUGGAAAGGUGCAGACGCGUGAGGCACAUUAUUUUCUUUAUCAGCAAAAAAGCACAGCGAUUCUGAAGAGGAUAGUUCGAACGCAAUAUUAAAAAGUUCAUCAAAACGGUGACGAUCCAGUGGUUAAAUGAGAUUGAAAGUUAGCUCAAAAUUUGAGUAAUUUUAUGAAUCUGUUGGACAUAAAAAAGGGAACUGGAGCCAUAUAUAUAUAAAUGUUGUUAGAAAAAAAAAGAUUCAACGAGCUCGUUCACGAGUACGAUAUUGAUUUUAAGGAAACGUGGAAAAAUGAGAAUCCAGGGAGAAAAAAGAUCAGAAAACCAGUGAAUGACGACAAAAUAAGGGUGAACUCGCAGGGGUUCUUGCUACGAUCGCAAAGAAUCAAAUUUGCGAAAUCGAGACAUUACAAAAAUUUGCCAAAGAUGAGAAGAAGAAAAGAGAAAGAAAUUGAACUACGAGCUCGAGAUCGCCGAGGGAAUGUUUCCGAUCUGCAAUACGUGCCGGUGAAUUGAAUCGUUGUGAAAAAAAAAAAACAAAUGUUUUUACGAAUAUUUAUAAAUACAUAUUUUACGAAUGUUA